CGCCCCGGGCAGCGUUGCGGUGAGGGGAGCCCCUCAGUUCAGUCAUGGGGCCCCUCGCGUUUGUUCUGCUGUUCCUCACAGCAACCGCCUCGGCAAGCCUGCGCAGUCAUGACUCACCUGCGACAGGGGUUACAUUUACCGACUACAUGUCCUAUGAAGAGGUGGUGGCCUACCUGCGUGAACUGCAGCUCCGCUACCCCCGGCUGGUGCGCGUGGGUAGCAUGGGCCGCUCGGUGCAGGGCCGCGACCUGGUGUUCGCGCGGGUGUCCCGCGGCUCGGCGAAGCACCGCGACGUGAUGCUCGUGGACGCGCUGACGCACGCCCGCGCCUGGAUCACGCUGCCCGCGGUCCUGUACUUCCUGCAGCAGCUCGUCGAGCGUCACCAGGAGAACGCCGCGCUGCUGCAGAGCCUGGACUUCGUGGUCGUCCCAGUUCUCAACCCAGACGGCUACGAGUACUCUCGCGACAAGGAAAGAUUGUGGAGGAAAAACCGGGCGAGGACGUACAACGAGUCGUGCAUUGGUGUUGACCUUAAUCGGAACUACGACUUCCACUGGGCUGAUUUCCUUACUUCCAGCGAGCCGCCGACAUUCCUUACUGCGAGCAACGACUCUUGCGCGAAUACGUACGCUGGGCCACACGCCGCUUCUGAACCAGAGACACAAAGUUACCAGCGCUUCAUUCGCGAGCUCAACGUCAAGGGGCGUCUGAAGAUGUUUGUGAACCUCAGCGCACCUCGACAGGGAAUCUCCUUUCCUUGGGGUUACUCGUCAGCAGCUCCCAAUGUUUCCGACUUCUCAGAACUAAGCGCGAUUGGAAAAGCAGCAAGCGACGCUGCUGUGAAGGCAGGGGCCCAGCCAUACAGAGUGCAGAACCUGGCUGCGAACUAUGUUGCCACGGGAGUAGUCACAGAUUGGGCGCGCGGCGUGGCUGGUGUUGACAAGUCCUUCCUGAUGGAGCUUCCCAGCGGGGGAAGCGACGACUUGCUGGGCUUCGACGUCCCAGUGUCUCAGAUUUUGCCCAUCUCGCGGCAGGUCUUCGAAGCGUUCAAGGUGUUUGCUGAGUGCGCUAAGGGGAAGCCGUCGCAAUGAUGGAAUCCAGUCUGUCCCACACGACCGAAUACCGUCCAGAGGACAUAUCAAAACCAGCAUGGACUAUCAUAUUACUCAGCAGAUGUGAUGAAGAAAAAUUGAGCAUGAAGCCGAGACAUUGUUUGUUAAAGAAGCUUUACGAUUGUAUCAAUAAAUAUGUCCUCCUAUA